CUUUACUCUAAAUUCCAUUACUCGGAAAUCUAUAUCUCUUGAGAGUGAAAGGAGUAGAAUAUGCAUUUAUGUGAAAUCAAGUUGUGAUAUAGUGGUGGUGCCUUAUUAUUGGGUCUCCUUUCUUUUGAUACCAUAUAAAGAGAAAUUGGAAGAUGCUUCAAAACCAAACCACCCUAAUGCAUUGGAACUAACUAAAAAGUAAAUAGAAACAUGGGAAAAAUGUUGACACUACUUGUGCUCCGACUACUCAUGAAUCUCUUACUUAUCAGUUGGAUUUCUCUCUGGAUCAUAAAACCAACUACUGUGUGGAUACAAUCUUGGCGUCAAGCUGAAGAUACCUUCAAGCAUACUUUCUUCGGCUAUUACGGCCUCAGCUUUGCUGUGUUCUCAUUCCCUCCUAUUGCUCUUUCUAUAAUUGGACUCAUUUACUUGAGUUUACUGCCGCAACAUCAUCGUCUAACAAGAGGAGGGAGGAGUGCAGCUAUUACUGUCUCAAGGCCAGCCAUUAUCAAUAGCUUCAUUGGGAUUGUGUCUUGUUUCGAGAUCAUUGCUGUUAUUUUGUUCCUAGUUUUUCUAGCUUGGACCUUUUAUGUUCGCGUUAAUAAUGAUCUCAAGAAGCUGAUGCCUGUCAAAACCAUUAAUCUUGACUUAUGGCAGCUUAAGUACUUUAGAGUUGCCACAAGGUUUGGUCUAUUAGCCGAAGCAUGUCUCUCUCUGCUUCUCUUUCCUGUCUUGAGGGGACUCUCGAUGUUCCGGUUACUCAACAUUCAGUUUGCAGCUUCUGUAAAAUAUCAUGUCUGGCUCGGCACCGGUUUAGUCUUUUUUCUUUGGUUCAUGGUGGAAGCACUCUGUUCAUAUGGGGUAUUAGUCAUAACAUCGAAGAAGAGAACAGGUUUGGAAAUGGCAGAGAACGGGUCGAGUAUAUGUGGCUGGAGGGAUCAGUCUUGUAAUAGGAUUGCUGAUGUGGAUCACAUCACUUCCACAAAUUCGUAGGAAAUGUUUUGAAACAUUUUAUUACACACACCAUUUGUAUACUGUUUUUCUUGUAUCCUUCUUGUUUCAUGCUGGUGAUCGUCACUUCUACUGGAUUCUCCCUGGAGUGUUUCUCUUUGGACUUGACAAGACACUUCGGAUUGUUCAAUCACGAUCCGAAAGCCGCGUUCUUUCUGCUCGUCUCUACUCAUGCAAAGCCGUUGAGCUUGUUUUCACUACAAGAAAUAUGUACAUUGUUAGCGCGAGAAAUAUGCUAUAUUAGAGGUUUGAUAGCGAAAUCAUAAAUGCUAUGUAUACGGCAGCCAUCAUAGGUACCCUAGUAACGAUAGCGUUUUUUAGUGACGCUAAGAUAUGUGCGUAUAGAUAGCAAUAAAUAGAUGUUGUUAGUAACGAAACUACAACACGAGUUAUUUAUGUUACAAAUUUUCUACGAUGCAUAUGUUGUGCCAUGGUAGGGUCUUCUACAAUAGCAAACGCAUAUUUUAAUAAGAGCUGUUGAUAAGUGCUA